UUAACCAAUCAUGGUUUAAGAAUAGACCCAUGCCUCAUAUUAUAUGCCGAGAGAUCCUUACUUUCAUCGACCUUUCCAAGGCCCUUUUGUCAUUGUACGGUUCCUUGUCGGAAGGUCGACUGAUAUUGGUUUGAUUUGAAAAUGGUUUCACCUCCUGGUCCAAGCGAUGGAAAACCUAACUAUAAAGUUGCUGACAUAUCAUUGGCUGACCUUGGACGCAGGUACAUCAAUCUUGCUGAGCAUGAGAUGCCUGGUUUAAUGAUGAUGAGGAAACGGUAUGGUGCUGAGCAACCAUUAAAAGGAGCAAGAAUUGCUGGCUGUCUACAUAUGACAAUUCAGACAGCUGUUUUAAUUGAAACUCUAAAAGAACUUGGAGCUGAGGUUCAAUGGUCAUCUUGCAACAUAUUUUCAACUCAAGAUCAUGCUGCAGCUGCUAUUGCUAAAGCAGGUUUUCCUGUUUAUGCAUGGAAAGGAGAGACUGAUGAAGAAUAUUUGUGGUGCAUUGAGCAAACUUUGAUAUUUCCAGAUGGUCAGCCGUUAAACAUGAUAUUAGAUGAUGGUGGUGAUUUAACAAACCUUGUUCAUGUUAAGUAUCCAGAACUUUUGGCAGGUAUACGAGGUCUAUCAGAAGAAACAACAACUGGAGUUCAUAAUCUUUACAAAAUGUUUAAGAAUAAUUUACUAAAGUGCCCUGCUAUUAAUGUAAAUGAUUCUGUAACUAAAUCCAAGUUUGAUAAUUUGUAUGGAUGUCGCGAGUCUCUUGUUGAUGGCAUUAAGCGUGCUACUGAUGUAAUGAUAGCUGGAAAGAUUUGCACAGUUGCAGGUUAUGGAGAUGUUGGAAAAGGAUCAGCAGCAGCACUUCGUGCUUUUGGCGCUAGAGUUAUUAUUACAGAAAUUGAUCCUAUCAACGCAUUACAAGCAGCUAUGGAAGGUUACCAAGUAACAACUAUGGGUGAAGCUUGUUCUCAGGCACAUAUUUUUGUUACAACAACAGGCUGCUCGAGUAUUAUUAGACCUGAACAUUUUCAACAGAUGCGAGAUAAUGCAAUAGUUUGUAAUAUUGGGCAUUUUGACUGUGAAAUAGAUGUUAAAUGGCUAAAUGAUAACUGUGUAAAGGAAACAAUUAAACCACAGGUUGAUCGUUACCUUCUUCCUAAUGGUCGCCAUGUCAUUGUUUUAGCUGAAGGCCGACUUGUUAAUUUGGGUUGUGCUCAUGGUCAUCCUAGUUUCGUUAUGAGUAAUUCGUUUACAAACCAGGUUUUAGCACAGAUAGAAUUAUGGAAGAACUCAAGUAGUUAUGAAAUCGGAGUUCAUAUGUUACCAAAGCAUUUGGAUGAAGAAGUUGCUCGUCUACAUUUAGAGCACCUUAGUGUUGAUCUCACUGCCCUAACAACUCAUCAAGCUGAUUAUCUUGGUGUUCCAGUACAAGGACCUUAUAAGCCCAACCACUAUAGAUAUUAAUUUUUUAUAUAGAAACAAAUGUAUACUAAUCGAUUUAAAUAAAUUUUUAUACAACUC